AAGAAGACGGUGAUGCGCACCGUGACAGCGAAGAGGAAGAAGCCGGAGGUUUGUCGCACGCUGCUGACGCUUCUUUUCAUCCACAGAAACCCUGAAAACAAACGCAGCGUCUCUCUGUGUAUUUAAUUUUAAAAUGUGGACGUUUUAUCGCAGUGCUGAGCGCGUUUAACCCCGGCUAGCUGCGAGGUAAACGGGUGAUGGAGGCGUCGUGUCUGCGGAGGGUCGUGUAAAAAGCUCCAUCAUGAUCCCCGUGUCCCUGCUGGUGUUUGUGAUGGCAGGCUGGUGUGCCGUCUACCUGGCCGACACAUUGCUCAGGUCGUCGGUGACGCACCGGAUCAGCUACGAGUCGUGGCUGGCCAGUCGAGGGCUGAUGCUGUCUCCUUUCCACGUGAGAUGGCAGACCACCAUGUUCAACCGGCUGUUUGCCUACUGCGCCCGCAUCAACCCCCAGGUCCUCUACCUCUGGUUCAGCAGCGGUCUGGUGUUCGGUGUCGUCGCCAUGCUGGGAUCGGUGGUGCUGCUGAUAAAGACGCUGCAGCAGACGUUCGCUCAGAUGACCACAGAUAACCCUCGGAUAGGAGGACAGCAAGCCCUGCAGGUGGUGGUCCCAGGAGUCAACCUGCCAACCAGUCAGCUGGCCUACUUCUUCAUCGCCCUGCUGCUCAGUGGAGUCAUACACGAGCUCGGCCACGCCGUGGCAGCAUUGAGGGAACAGGUGAGAGUGAACGGUUUCGGGAUGUUUGUGUUCGUGGUGUAUCCCGGUGCGUUCGUGGACCUCUUCACCACACACCUGAACCUCAUAUCACCUGCUCAGCAGCUCCGCAUCUUCUGCGCUGGCGUGUGGCACAAUUUUGUUCUGUGUGUGGCAGCGUUAGCCUUCCUGUUCUUGCUGCCUGUCUUCCUGUUCCCCAUGUACUCCACUGGAGGCGGAGCACUGAUCACCGAGGUCGUUCAGGGCUCUGCAGCUGACGGCCCCAGGGGUCUGUCGGUGGGGGACAUCGUCACCGGCCUGGAGGACUGUCCUGUCAGGGGAGUUGAGGACUGGACCAGCUGCCUGUCUCACCUCUCUCACACCCCACAGACCGGAUACUGUGUCCCAGUCGCCAGCCUGCAGCCCAGCUGGGCUCACGGACGAGCUUACAAGCGUUUGGACGGAACGAUGGACUGCUGCAGCAACAACAGCCUGACCGACCUGUGCUUCUCCUACAUUAAACCACAGGGCCGACACAGCAGAGAGAGAGAGUACGCCUGUAUGCCGGUGCGUAGGAUGGUGACGGGGACGCGAGUGUGUCGGACCGACGCCGACUGCGCCUCGCACUCCCACGCCACCAGCGUUUGCGUCACGCCGUCUCUGGAGAACCAGACUCGCUUCUUCCGUGUCACACACCCUCCGAACACACACAUGCUGUUCGUGGGGUAUCCGCCACACCUGCAAUACGCCGUGAGUCUCACCAACUUCGUUCCCCGCUUUGGUUUCCUCCACUUGGACCUGCCCGUCUUCUUGGAGACCUUCUGCAAAUACGUGGUUUCCCUUUCCGGUGCGUUAGCCGUAGUCAACUCCGUGCCGUGCUUUGCUCUCGACGGUCAGUGGAUGCUGAACGCCCUGCUGGAGGCCACGCUUGUUACCGUGGUAACGGACCGGCAGAAGCGCGAGCUCAUUGGCUUCUUCCUGCUGCUGGCGGGCAGCGCCCUGCUGGCGGCUAACGUGGCGCUGGGCCUGUGGAUGGUCACGGCACGGUAGCCACAGCGGUGAGCUAAAGCCUCAUGCGGACUGAGAGAUGUUGUCUCAGGAUGUGUUCGAGUCGUGUGGACCAUUAAGCUGUGAACAUACAGGGAACAGACUGCAUUACCCAGCAGCACUGCCCUCUUUCUGGACACUGUUGAGCAGAACAUCGGUCUGCCUUGAAGUUGUUACUGGACAACCAGGGAAAACACUUUCUUCCACCAUGUUGCCGCCAUAUUUACAAAAGCACAUCUAUAAAUAAUGCACUUGCUGGAAAGCACUGUCCAAUGUGACUGUUUACAAAGACUGCACACGGUUUAAUAUCUGUAAUGUCUUUGUGUUUAAAAUUUGGGUGAAAACCUGCCAAGUUUGAUUCCAAAAUGCCAUUUUUUUUUUGUUGUUGUUGCUGCAAGAGGAAGGUUUGUCUGAAAAAACAAAUUCAAGCCAUCUUCAGACAAAAACGUUUAAAAAGCUUUCAGUUUACUGAUAAAUGCACAGCAGUGUCCUGAUUUUCAACUCUUUAUCACUGUUGGAAAAACUGUACUACCUAAUAUUCACGUUUAGGUGAACACAUGAAUUAUUUAAUUAACUUAAAGGACAUUUAGCCAUUUGAGCUUGUUGAAAGGUGGGUAUCCUCUGAAUUUAUUCAGUCAAAUCAAGUGUCUUUCUCUUCCUCGGGCAUUGCAGAGGGAAAACGCCUUUCUCUGUUAACUCCUGCCUUCUCUGGAAGUUUAAGUUUGAUUUCUAUCCUCUUGGCCUCUCACUGUCUAUGAUCGGGUUGUAAAAAAUGAUUUGUCAUAAUUGUGGAAUAAAAAGGACUGAUUUUUAUUUAAA